AUGGAGACGCCUAUCGAGCGCGAAAUCCGGCGCACCUGCGAGCGCGAGGAGAACCUGCGCCGGAGCCGAGGCCUCAGUCCAGGUCGCGCGGGCCAAGAACUCGUGGAGCUGCCCUUGCGGCCAGUGCUCAGCCUGCCCGGGCCUAGCCCUGCGGUCCCGCGCACCUUGGAGCGCGCGCGGGCGGGAGCGCAGAUGCUGCGAGACAUUGAACGGGAAGCCUGCCGCCAGGAGGCGCUAGCACGCGCCACCGCCCCCAAGCCCUGCGCCCCGCCACAGCCGCAGCCGCUGGGCGAGCUCAAGAGGUUCUUCGAGGCCGCGGGGCAGCGCGGCUUGCAGCAGCCGCUCGAGAUCGGAGGCCAGCGGCGCUCGGCUGCGCAGGGCGGGUGCCCGAUGCUGGCCCGCGCCCCUCAGUUCGCUGAGCUAUCGCUGCUGGAGGAAGAGGUGCGCGAAGUGCGCCAGCGUGAGCGCGAGCUGCAGUACCAGCGGCGCAACGUCUACGGCACCGCAGAGUUCAAGGAGCCCGCGACAAGCUUCAUGGCGAGUACCGGCAACGGAAAGCUGGCGGUGAUUUGGCCCCCGCGCAGAAAGGCCUCGGAGAACGUCCUGGAGCAGGAGGAGCGCAAGCCUUGA